AGCAUGAGCCGAAGCCCAGAGAGGAUGUCCUCGUACCGUCGUCGUUUCGAGGUCACCCAUGCCGGGGCCUCCGCAUACCGGUUUCGGGCGUCUAGCCCCUCACCGGCUCGUGGGGAGACCCGUCACAGGUCUGCCAGUUUCUCUCGAAAUGCUGGGUGGAAAACGACGGGGAACAGGGCCAUCACCACCAAGCCUCGCCUUACCAGCAGCGUGAGUAUGGGGACUCUGUGCCUGGGUGUGUCCAAUGGACUUGGGACUAAUCUGGACCUGGAUGUGGCUACAGCAGAGAACCAGGCCUUCAAGUUAACCCGCACCACUGAAAGGCAGGAGAUGGUUGUCCUUAACGACCGCCUGGCAGUGUACAUUGAAAAGGUGCGAACGCUGGAAUCAAAAAACAACCUGCUAGAGGCUGAGAUUGGGGCCUUAAAAAGCUCCUAUGACAGAACAGCUGGCCUCAGGGAGCUGUAUGCCUCUCAGCUGAAGGAGCUCAACAAUGAAGCGGAGCAAAUGAGAACGCAGAGGGACUUAUCUUUGGCAGCCAAGGAGGUGAUGGUGGGCCAGCUGGACAUGCUAAAAGCCAAAUAUGAAGAAUCUCUACAAGCCAGGAAACAGGCCGAGCUGGACAUUGAGGCUCUGCGUCUGGAUGUGGACAAAGCCACCUCAGCCCGAAUUAAACUGGAGAGGCACCUGGAAAAUCUGGACGUUCAACUGACCUUCCUGCAGAGAGUUCACAAGGAGGAAAUCGAGGAGCUGAUGCAGCAGAUAUACUCAGCAGCCUCCAAGACAGACUUGACCUUUGGCCUCCCAGACCUCUCCUCUGCCAUCACUCAGAUUCAGUCUCAGUAUGACAGCAUGGCUGCUAAAAACCUGCAGGAGAUGGAUGCUUGGUACAGUGCAAAGUUCCAGGAUCUGAAUGAUGCCUCGGCCAAACAUGCACAAAGUGUGCGAAGUAUGAGAGAAGAAAUUGCUGCUUACAGGAAGGAUCUCCUCAAUAAGGAAUGUGACUUGGAGUCUCUGAAGACAAGAAAUGAGUAUUUGGAGGUCAUGAUCCGGGAUACAGUUUUGAAAUACAAGAAGGAAGAGGAUGACUUACAGGAGCAUGCAGAUGCAGUUAAGUCAGAUCUGAAGUUAAGCAAGGAGAAGACUGCUCUGCUGAUGCGGGAAUAUCAGGAUCUGCUUAAUGCCAAGAUGGCUCUGGAGAUUGAAAUUACUACUUACAGGAAACUAAUUGAGGGGGAAGACAGCCGCCUGGGCAGCAUGUUUGGAAACCUGUCCCUGAACAGCAAGCUUCAUCUCACCUCUGGGGAGCCUGCUGGCUUACUCCUGUCUUUGAAUAACUCAAGCUCAGCAGAUACUUUAAAGCUUGAGGGAGACGUGACUCAGAAGGAUCUGACUGUUAGCCAAAUGAAGGCGGUUUCAUCAAACAUCCAGACUGGUGGUAAUUUAGAGCAGCAAGCAUGCGAGAUGUGUGAGAGGAAGACCGUCCUCAUCAGAACAGUUAAGACAGACGAGGACACUUAUGUGAGCAACACACAGCAGUGCACCAUCACCAUUUCUGGAGCAGCAGAGGACACAGAAGAAGAGUAG